UUUCUCUCUUAAAAAAUUAUUUUUCUCUGUGCUUUGCUUCUUUCUCAUACAAGUAUUUGUGAGUUGAUAUAAAAAUUCAUCUUUUUCUCUUGUUUUAGCUUAUUGGAUCACUCAAAAUACAAGUUUCAUUCAGUUUAAAAUCACUUUGCUUUGUUCAAAGGAGAUCAUUGACUUGAGAGAAUGGUUCAGAUUAAAGAAUUUCGAAUUGUGAUGCCCUUGUCAUUGGAAGAGUAUCAGGUAGCUCAAAUGUACAUGGUCAUGAAAAUGCAACAGCAAAGUACUACAGGUGAUGAAGGGGUGGAGGUUUUACAAAAUAAACCAUUUAGUGAUGAUGAAUUUGGUGAGGGCCAAUAUACAUCAAAAGUUUACCACUUGCAGAGCAAAGCACCAUCUUGGUUGAAUACAUUUGCACCAGCUGAUGCCCUUGUGAUGCAAGAGGAAGCCUGGAAUGCAUAUCCUAAAUGUAGAUCAGUUGUUAAGUCCCCAUAUUUUUCGAAGUUCUUUAUGAGCAUUGAUACCAUCCACAAAGGUGACAAUGGAUGCUCUGAGAAUGUGCAUGGCCUGAGCGAGGACCAACUGGCAGUUAGGCAGGUGGAAGUUGUUGAUAUUGCUUCAGCUGCAACUGAUUAUUGGAGUUACAUAGUGGGAAGAAACAAUGUUGAUUUAUCUAAUUUCCAAUCAGCAAGAAGCGGCCGUGGACCACUCUUGGAAGGCUGGCAGGACCAUUGUAGUCCCGUUAUGACAGCAUAUAAACUGGUCACUAUAGAUGCUCCAUACUGGGGCUUUGGGAGCAAAGUGGAACAGGCUUUGAUGGCGGGGGAAAGGUCACUUUUCCUGGAAAGUCAUCGUAAUUGCUUUGCCUGGAUUGACGAAUGGUUUGGGUUGACAGUGGAUGUGUUGCGUGAGUUGGAGCAACAAAGUGAUUAUUCAUUGAAUAUGAAACUUGGCCGGCCUUGUUCGACCGAGAGUUGGAUGACACAAGAGGAAUCUCCACUUGAAGGCGAAAAGUCUGUUGCAUGAAUGUGCUGUUCGUAUCUACAUUUAGCAGCAGUUGUGGGUAUAUAUAGUUUUCAGAUGUGCAUACAUAGAACCGGUCGUGAUAGAAGAUUAUUGGCGUACUUGAGGCUUUACAGUGUUAGUUUGCGGCGACCGAUACAAAUGCUGUCAGUUUGUACUUGAGAAGGCAGGGACAGAUGCUAAUAUUAUUCACAAGCAGCAAGGUUUUGUUCCUUUUCUGAUGCUUUCAUUAUUUAGGGGGAAGAUUAGGUAAUAAUGAAGUUGUGUAGAACUGGAGACAUUUUAGUGAAUGCAGUUUAACUUAUCCAUCUAUGUGCAAAGUGUAUAUAUGAUAGUUAGUUCAAAUGAACUAAUUGAAUUCUCUUCCAUUUCUUUGGAGUCAUUUACAAAGAGGUGCUUCAUUUUUA